AUGAAUGACAAUACAAUGAGUAAUCUUGCUGGUAGCCAAAAUACACACACAGUCGAUCGACCGUACCUGUGUAAUGUAUGUGACAAGUCGUUCAAAAAAAAGUACAAUCUGACCGAUCACCAGCGGAUACACACAGGUGAGAGACCAUACCUGUGUAACGUAUGUUAUAAGUCUUUCACAUGUAGCAGUGGUCUGGCAAAGCACAAGUUGACUCACACGAAUGUGCGACCAUAUCUAUGUGACCUAUGUGACAAAUCAUUCAAACAAAAUUGCAAGCUGAUAGAACACCAGAAAAUACACACGAGACCAUGGCUGUGUAACGUAUGCAAUAUGUCAUACAUAAGUAGCAGCAGUCUGACAAAGCACUCGUUGACUCACAGUACUAUGAGACCAUACCCAUGUGACCUAUGUGACAAGUCAUUCACACGAGAGUAUAAUCUGCAAGAACACCAGUGGGUGCACACUGGUAACAAACGGUAUCCGUGUGAUGUAUGUGAGAAAUCGUAUACAAAAAAAUGUAAUCUGACUAAGCAUCAGGAGAUACGUCAUAUGGGUGAGAUUCUGAAUCCGCAGGAUGUAUGUGAAAUAUUGUUUGAUACUAUCAAAACUGGCCCAAUAUUUGUGGACCUAAACGGGGAAGAUACCAUACCUGAAAAUUAA